AUGUCCUUGCAGUCAAUUCGUUUAUGGUUUCGACUUUUUCUUGUCAAUGAUCUUGCCAGUAUUCUUUUUCUAUUUAUUUGGUUAAUAAUAAAUAUCAGUCUAUUUCUUGCACAAUUUCUAAGUUAUCAUCGAUCGCGCUCAUAUUUUUAUCUUCGCGCAUUGAUAUACGAUGGUGUAAGUAUAGCGCGUGCAUCGGCGUUAUGUUUAAAUUUCAACUGUUUAUUGAUACUUCUACCUGUUUGCCGAAAUUUAUUGUCUUUAAUUCGAUAUCUGUUGCCACGUUUCGUCACACAAUCUCGUUUUCGUCGUUUUACAAUAAGAUUAUUUGAUCAGCAUGUCGAGUUUCAUCGUUGCGUCGGCUACGCUAUUUGCUUUUGGUCUCUGAUUCAUGUCGGUGCACAUGUUUACAACUACGAACGAUUCAUUGAUGUAAACAAUGAACAUGACACACUUGCUGCAGUGCUCAAUUUAUUAUACUUGAAAUCACCUGAAUCGCAAGUGAAUCCAGUCGGAAAGGUCAAUCCUAAAACGCUAGGUGUAGGUAUUAUGUUCGGCACUACAGCUGGAAUUACUGGUGUUAUCUUAUGUCUUUGUUUGAUUCUAAUGGUCAGUUCAUCGACAGUGAUGAUCCGUCGAUCGUUUUACGAAAUCUUUUGGUUUACACAUCACAUUUUCAUUGCUUUUUUCAUCUGUCUAAUAUUGCACGGUAUUCAAGGAUUAGUUAAAUCACAAACAAAUCUACAAGAGCACAAUCCCGAUAUCUGCGCACCUUUAUAUCGCGAAUGGAGUACAUCACCCCAAUGUCAAAUUUAUCCACGUUUUACCGGCUCGAAGCCGGCUAGUUGGAUGUGGCUGUGCGGUCCUCUUGGUCUUUACCUCCUUGAACGUAUUCUUCGUUUCAUACGUAGUUUACAACAUGUUGACAUUGUUGAUGUAGUUCGACAUGAAUCCAAUGUUAUUGAAGUUCGUUUUCAAAAAAAAGCAAUGACCACACCUCAACCAGGCCAAUAUGUUUAUAUAAAAUGUUUUGUUCUUGCUAAAUUCGAAUGGCAUCCAUUUACUGUUACAUCAGCUGCAGAAGAAGACUAUGUCAGUGUUCAUAUUCGAACAGUAGGGAACUGGACAAAAAACUUAGCGAAAAAACUCGAAAAAUAUCCAGAAGAUUUGCCUCGAUUAAGUAUUGAUGGACCGUAUGGAAGUCCAGCAGACGAUGUAUUCAACUACGAUGGUGUUGUUCUAGUGGGCGCUGGCAUUGGAGUAACACCGUAUGCAUCAAUUUUGAGGCACAUUCGUUCUUCGAAAGCAGCGGAUAAUAUUCGACUCCGUCGUAUUUAUUUCUAUUGGAUAUGUAACACGACAGCGUGCUAUGAAUGGUUCGCUCAAUUACUUCAGGAACUUGAACAAGAAUUACGAGAUCGAAUCGGUUUUCUUACGUAUAAAAUCUAUUUAACUCAAUGGUCAAUGAGAGAAGCACGCGCAGUGAUUGAAAAUAAUCCUGAUGAACGCGACUUAUGGACCGGUUUGCAAGCUAAAACAAAGUACGGACGACCUAAUUUCGAUGUUGAUUUCCAAUCCAUCGCCGAUGAAGAUUGGAAAACAAAACAGAGACGAGAGAUCGGUGUUUUCGUAUGCGGUCCGAAACCGUUAGCAAAACAACUUCAAAAAUUGUGUAUUCAAAUGAAUGAUAAAAGUGCAUCGAACAAUGAAGUUCGUUUUUAUUUAAAUAAAGAAAACUUUUAA